GUCAGAGUCAGAACUCUCCCUUAAGCAACCUUCCAAAUUUAUUGAUACUUCCUGUUUCCCAAGAUCCACCCACCACUCUUCUCCUCUUUCUUCUCCUUUCCUCAAUCUGCGCAAGAUUCUACAUUACAUCUCAUCCUCUAAUGUCCCAAAACAGCUGGAUUCUUGCAAUGUGUUGUUAACUCUAAUUUCUAAUCAUCAUGGGGAAGAAGAGCGGCUCAUCAUCUUCUUCCUGGCUCACCGCCGUUAAACGAGCUUUCCGUUCUCCGACCAAGAAAGAACAUAACAACAACAACAACAACAAUGCUCACGGUAAUGAAGCCGAGGAAGACGAGGACAAGAAGAGAGAGAAGAGACGGUGGUUGUUCAGAAAAACAACGAAUCACGACUCUCCGGCGAAGACCACCAGCGUUUUAAAAGACGGGUCUGCACCGAAACCCGCGGAUACGGCGGCGAUCAACACAAAUGCUUCAUCCUCUGUUUCAGAACAGAGAAACGCCGCACCAUCACCGCCCACCACCGUCUCCGUCGCAUCGGAGAUUCCUCCGGAUACGGCGGAGCUACCAAAUCUCCCAAGACGGACUUACUCCGCUGGAGAAAACUACGCAGCUAUUAUCAUCCAAACUUGUUUCAGAGGUUAUCUGGCAAGAAGAGCGUUAAGAGCAUUGAAAGGAUUAGUGAAGCUACAAGCACUAGUGAGAGGUCACAACGUGAGGAAGCAAGCUAAGAUGACAUUAAGGUGUAUGCAAGCUCUAGUCCGAGUCCAGUCUCGUGUUCUUGACCAACGUAAACGUUUGUCUCACGAUGGUACUCGCAAAUCUGCCUUCAGUGACACUCAGAGUGUUCUUGAAUCUCAUUAUCUUCAAGACAUUUCAGAUAGAAGAUCCAUGUCAAGAGAAGGAAGUAGCAUUGCUGAAGAUUGGGAGGAGCGGCCACAAACGAUUCAAGAAGUGAAAGCCAUGUUGCAAGAAAGACGAGACAAUAGUUUAUCAAAAGCUUUCUCUCAACAGAUUAGAAGGACUAGAGGCUGUCAAUCUAUAGGAGAAGAGGAAGAAGAGAGACCAAAGUGGUUAGACCGGUGGAUGUCAUCUAAACCAUGGGAUAAAAGAGCUUCAACGGAUCAAAGACCACCGGUUUACAAAACUGUUGAAAUCGAUACUUCUCAACCGUAUCUAACCCGAGCGCAUUCAAGAACCGGUGCAAGUCCAAGCCGUAGCCAAAGACCUGAUACACCAUCAAGAACCAGCCAUUAUAACAACCAGCAACAACAUAGUUUCUCGUCAGCUACACCAUCUCCGGCUAAGUCAAGACCGAUACAAAUCCGGUCGGCUAGUCCACGGAUUCAAAGAGAUGACCGGUCAGCUUAUAGUUACACAUCAAACACACCUAGCUUGAGGUCUGACUAUAGUUUCACCGCAAGAAGUGGCUAUAGUGUUUGUACCACCACUACAUUGCCGAACUACAUGGCCAUCACGGAAUCAGCAAAGGCUAGAAUCCGAUCACAGAGUGCACCGAGGCAACGACCUUUGACACCUGAGAAAGACCGUGGUGCCGGGUCAGCUAGGAAACGGCUCUCGUAUCCUGUUCCACUGCAACCACCAGUGGAGGUUGGAGGAGGGUAUUAUGGUAAUUGUAGCAGUCAGAGUUUAAGGAGUCCAAGUUUGAAGAGUAUCGGUGGUUCGCAGUUGGGUGCAUUGGAGCAACAGUCAAAUUACUCUUCUUGUUGUACUGAGUCUAUUGGUGGUGGAGGUGGAGAGAUCUCGCCUGCUUCUACAAGUGAUUAUAGAAGAUGGCUAAAGUGAUAAGGAAAAUCUAACGGUCAUGACUUUUUUCCUUACUCGUUUUUAAAUAGUUUUUUCGGAUAUAUAAAUAAUAUUUCAUUUGACUAAGAUAAGAACGAUGACCUUUUUUGUGUCUGUGAUGAUGACCUUUGGUAUUGGUGUGUAAUGUGUGAUUUUGUGUGUUUUUGUUUAUCUAUUAAUGGAAGAUUGGAUAUGUAGUCUCUUUUUUUGUCGGAAACGUAAUCUUGUUACUAAUUUUGGUCUUUGUA